AUGUCGGGAGCAUCUCUAGCCGCAGACGUGAUCACAUCCGAGCCGUACUGGAGGGGAUGGCCCGUGAGCGUGCCUCCGGUGGGGACAUCUUACGACGACGAGAGUCCGCGCAGCCGUCGCAGCAGCGGCGGAGGCAGCACCCGCCGACGGCGCUCCCCUGUGGGGUCAGGCAGCUGGGAGGCUCCGCUUCACUCCAUGAGCCCCAAGUCCCAGAAGCACACGCAACAGUCGCCGCCGCGCGAUCAGCAGCAGCAGCAGCAGCAGCAGGGAGCUCUGCACGAAGGGGCUGGUUACCACCAUGGCCAUGGUUCGCAGGAGCAUGGGGGAGGGUUGAGCAUGAAUUCGGUGGCAGCUACCUCGUUUAUGGGGUCGUUGAGCUUUGUACAGGUUCAAAUGAUGGCGUUCAUUGUCGUCUUCACCAGCAGCGGUCUCGUGCCCCUAGAAGAGAUCUUCUUUGUCGUGUUUCUAACGAUCUACUCAUCCAUUCUCGCUACGUGGGCCUUUCCCCCAGUUUCCCGCUCAGCCCCCCCUAAGGUCUUCAGUGGCAGCAGGCUGUUUAAAGUACAUGUGACUGCUGGGGCUGUGAUUGGGAUGUUCCUGCCACUUUCCUACGUUCUAGGAGGGUUUGCCAAGAAUGACCAUAUGGCAGUGGAGUGCGUGACCCCUCACCUCUUCCUGCUCUCCUGUCAAGUGCUCACAGAGAAUAUCAUCGUUGAUCUCACAUAUGUUUCCCUCCCAGUUCGUGCCCUCAUCCCAAUCAUGUACAACUGGCAUCGCCUUUCUCUGCUGGCCGAGUGGAAUCGCCGCCUCCUUCAGGUGGUUGCAGCCGCCACAUCAACCGCUGUUUCUCAGUCUGCUGAUGGCGUGAGCAGUGGAGCAAGGACACCUUCAGUGGGUGAUCUAUACCAUGGAGCGGGCCCAGCUGUUGCCAGCAGUGGUGUGGUUAUCAGGAGGGCAUUAAUUGGUGGGGGGUAUUGGCAGAUGUUUGGUAGGUAUUUGGCGGUGGCCAAUCUCGUGUACUGGAGCCUGAACUUGUUUGGGUUCUUGCUCCCAGUGUUCCUGCCUCGUGCGUUCAAGCGGCAUUUUGAGAUGCAAGCUGCUGCAGCAACUGCCGCUCCACCAGCAGGCCCUUCUUCAAAAGAGAAAAAGGCACAUUGA